AUGCCGAACAGAUACGGAUAUUGCAGCUAUUGCCUCGUGCGCUAUACCGAUCUGGAUGAGGACGUGCUGCUGCACCACCCCUAUCAUUACCAAGAAAGCAGAUCAGGACCAAACGAGAAUAAUGCCGGACCUUCUGGAAAUAUCGCAGCCCCUGCUGGGGAUGACGAAGCAUCUGCUGAAGUGAUUCUCAUGGAUGAUUCCGCGUCUGAAGGAAUGGCUGACGAGGCUCCUGGAGCCGCGACCCAGAAUCCUGAGCCUACUGAAGGGUCGCGUCCUGGGCCUAGUGUGUCACAGGAAGGUAGACAGGGCAUUCCGAUGCGGGCAUCAGUUAUUCAGAAAUUUGAGAGGGGCCAGCAGCAGCCCUUGAAAUUUGUUUAUAAAGUUAGGAGUGGCCGGAGAGAAUUUAGUCCAGUAGGUGUUGGUCAAGUUACAAAUACCGGAGGUCCCUCAGUGAUUUCUGCUGCUCCUGCUAGUCUUUUGCGCGAAAGUGCUAAUGCUCGACCAGUUAUAACUAGUGCUGCUAGGUUGGCAGUGGCAGCAGCAGCCAGUUCAGUUUCGGUUAACACACGUGCCCUAAACGUAGUUGACCUUGUACAGGAAGACGAGGGCCCUAGCGAGCCUAUGCCCUCAACCAGUCACGCUUCAGUGUCCAAUCUGACACCUAACGAGUCAAACAGAAAACCUGUAAAUAUAAAUCCAGAUAAACCGGUUACACAGGAAGAUGUAGAAUCUCGGGGUGAAACUUCUUCCGCUGGCAUUCAGUCUCAUGCAUCUGUGGGUCCUGAGGGUUCCUCAAAUGUUGCGCCUGUUACCACACUGGCAGUUAACCCCACGACCAGUCAGAAUAUAGAUGAUGAGAUUUAUAAAAGAGGACUCAUUGAAGGCGCCAUCCCAAAGCGCCGUGACAAAUUCCUUCCUAUUAUGGAUCGUGCCCAAGAGAAAAAGCACUCGGUCUUCAAGAAGCCAGCCCCCAAGCCAGCCCCCAAGCUAGCCCCCAAGCUAGCAUUCAAAAAGAAACACUCAGUGAUCACCUCCAUGGCGUUGGCAUGGGGCUCUCAGUCAGUGUUUGCCCAGCCUGCAGCGGCUGUCCAAGAUCUUUGCUGCGAGGAGCCAACUGCCCAAGAAGAUAAGACCCCUGAACCAAGAGGUCCCCAAGUGAGUGUGGAUCGCAGUCCCUCUCUUCUCUCCCUGGCUGGCCAACCGAAAGUGACUGCCACAGAAACAAUCGUUUCAGAGGGAGCACGUGAGGCUGUGCAGCCUCCCAGUAGUGAGCCUUCUGUUUCUGAAGUAAGUUCUGCUCACGAUGCCCCUCCGCAGCAGCUGGCUACCAACCGAAUUCAAGUCAUUGUGAGAGGCAUGAGUGCUCCGAAGGCGGUGCCCAUCCGCCUGGUUGACGAAAGCUAUGAUUCUAGUGAUUCUGAGGUGAACUUUGAUGGUGAUGCCUCCCUUCAGCCAACCGAUGACAACGCACAGCAGCCUGCAGAAGAAGUAGGCCUUCCUCAGGAGGCACCCAUGGACUCCGGUAGCUCUGAAAUAAGCGCCAGUUCUGACUUACCACUUGAGCCAGGGACUGAGCAACUCCCAGUGGCUGCCUCUGAACCAGAGCCUCAGGAGGAGGUUUACACUGGCCUGGUUGACAUGAACUAUGGGUCGAGUGGCUCUGAAAGUGGCUGUGAUACUUCUCUUCAGUCAGUAAUUGUCCAUCCCCAACUGGCUGCCAAAGAAAGCAACCUGAAGGAGAGCCCUGCCAGCCUGGAAGAUGAUGACCAACCCAGUGGUGCUCAAGCACACCUUGACUAUGGCGCCUCUCUUGAGGCAGUGACUGAUGAACCUCCAAGGGCUGCUGAAGAAAUAAACCUUCCGAGAGAGAACAACGACAAUGUGGAUAUGGACUCUGACUAUCGUCGUCCUGAAAUGAAUAUCCACCCUGAUGCCCAGUUCGUGGCUGCCCAGCCUCAAGUAGCAGUUCAAGAAGCAGAUCCUCAAGACGCAGCUGUUGACCCGCAGAAUCAGGGUGCUGACGCUAGCGCUCCUGAACCAAGGGUGGAUCCUCAUGCCUCUCUUCAACAGCCAGCCAAUGAACAACCUCCCGGAGCUCUGGGCAACAUAAACACGAAAGAGUUAAGCGUUGACAUGGAAGUGAAGAGCUACGGGUGCUCCAGCUCUGAGUUGACCUUUGAUUCUGAUCCUCCUCCUCUGUCAGUUACUGAGCGUUCUGAGGUAAAAAAAAAGGACAGUAACAUGGAAGAUGAGAGCUGUGGGUCAAAUAGCUCUGAAAUAACUUUUAUUUCUGAUAUUCCUCUUUACCCAGGGAUUGACCAAUCUCAAGUAGCCGACCAGUCUCAAGUAGCCGAGGAAGAACCUGCUGCAAAAAAAAACAAGAAUAAUUCAUUUUGUGGUUCUGAAAUGACUUUUGAUCCCAAUAUACCUCUUCCUUCCGAGACUCAUCAACCCGACGUAGGUGUGAACAAAGUAGUAAUUCAGAAAGAAGACCGUGCACACCUACGAAGGAAGAAUGAUGAGCCCAGUGGUUCUCAAAUAAGUUCAGAUUUUUAUGUCUCUCCUCUUUCAGUGCCAAAUUCUUUUGGAGUUCUCAUUAAAAGACGAAAGCUUCAAGAACCACCACCGAUGCAUAUUGAACCUAGCGUUUCUGGAUUAAGUCUGAAUACUCCUUCAGCAAUUGGACACUCUGAAAAUCCCACCGAAGAAGUCAACCUCCAGAAUGAAGAGCACGUACAGCUAGAAAACAAAGGCAAUGAACCUGAUGUUGCUGAAAACAGUUUGGAAUCUUCCACUUCUCAUUCAGUGACCAAUCAACCUGACAGAGCUGUGACAGAAGUAAACCGUCAGAAGGAAGAACAAAAAAACUUAAAAGAUAAGGGAAAGGAAGUAAGUGUUUCUGAAACGAGAUCGGAUUUCAGUAUUCCCCAACAGUCAGUUAUUCAAAGAACUGACGUAGUUCUUAAAGAAAUGCGGCUUCAAAAAAAAAAGCAUGCUGAAUUUAGCGGUUCUAAAAAAAAUUUCGAUCCUGAUGUCCCUCAUUAUUCAGUGACUGAACCUCAAAUAGCUAUUCAAGAAAGAAAUGUUCAGAAAGACGAAUAUGUUUUAGAAAACAAGAGUGAUAAUUAUACUGGCUCUGAAAUAAAUGUCUUUCCCCAUUUGAUGACUGAAAAACCUCAGCCUGCUGUUUUGAGGGAGGACCAUGUUGACCCAGAAGUUGAAAGUGCUAAAUCUAGAGGUUUUGAUAUAAAUUUAGAUAUUGGUCCCCCUCGUCCAUCAGUCAUUGAGAAAUCUCAGCUAACCUUUUUGAAGAAGAAACACGCUGAUUCGGAGAACACAAGCAGCGAAUCUAGCUAUCAUAAAGUAAAUUUUGAGUCUAAUGACCCUCUUCAGCCAUUAACUGCACAAUACCAGGACGUGAUGCAAAAAACAAACCCGUGGCAACAAAAAGCUAUUGACCCAGAAAACCAAGUCGAUAAACCUAAUGAGACUCAAUUAAUACAGGAUUCUGAUGUUUCUCCUCAAUCUGUGCCUGAUCAACUUGAAGCCGCUUUUGAACAAAUAAACCUUGAGAAUGAAGGUGAUGUAGACAUGGACGAUAAUAACAGCCAAUAUGGUGGUUCUGACAUGAGCUUGGAUUCUGAGUACUUGGCUCGGUUAGCAGUUGAACAAUCUCAAAUAACUGCUUUGGAGAAGGGGCACAUUGAGCUAGAAGAGAAACAGCAUAAAUCCUGUGGUUCUGAAAUAAGUUUUGACUCUGAUGACCCUCUUCAGUCAGUGGCUGAGCAGGUUAGAGAAACCGUCAAAGAAAUAAGCCUUUGGAAGGAUGAAGAUGUGGAAGAGACAACCUAUAAACCGGACGGUUUUGCAAUUAGGUAUGACUCUAAUGUUCGUUUUCAGUCAGUGGCUGGCCAAACUGAGGAAAUUAUUAAGGAGAUUAACCGCUGGAAGAAGCCUGUAGACAUGGAAGGUAAGAUGGUCAAACGUAGUGAUCCUAAAAUAAAUUUUGACUCUAAUCAACAUGUUCAUUCUGUGGCUAAUGAAAUUCAAGAGGCUACUACAGACAUAAAUCUUCUGAGGGAGGGACAUGUUUAUCUGCAUGACAAGGGCUAUGAACCCAAGGACUCUGCCAUGAUUUAUUUUUCAAAUGUCCAUCUUCAACCAGCAGUUGAGCAACCACACAUUUUGGAAGAGGAACAUGCUAAUUUGGAAUAUAAGGGCAUUGAUCCUUGUGAUUCUGAAAUAACUUUUACUUGUGACGAUCCUCUUUCGUCUGACCAGCUCGAAAAUGCUGGUAAAGUCAGCCUUUGGAAGGAAGGCCAUAUUUACCUGGGAGAUAACUAUAAAGUAGAUGGUUUUCAAAUCAGGUGUGAUUCUGAUGCUCCUGUUCAGUUAGUGGUUGGUCAGUGUCCUGUAGCUGUCAAAGAAAUAAAUUUGGAAAGGGACCAUAAUGACUUAGAAAAUCAGCACUGUGAACCGAGUGUUUCUGGAAUAAAUUGUGGUUCUGGUAUUCUGCAGUUAUCAGUUGACCAACCUCAAAUGGUUUGCAAAGAAAUGAACCGUCGGAAGGCCGUGCAUCUUGGCAUGGAAGAAAAGACCAGUGAUUCUGAACCAAUGUCUGAUUCUGAUGUCCCUAUUCAAAUAAUAGUUAAUGAUUUUCAGGUGUCAGACAAAGAAGCAGCUCCUCAGAAGAUGCUGCUAGUGAAGCUGGUGUCCGGGGAUAGUGACUGUGAAGUGAUUGCUGAAUCCAGUGCCUCGUGUCAGCCAGUCAUCGACUCAUCUCAAGCGACUGUGGAAGGAAUUGCCGGUAUAAAUGCAAAAAGUUUUGAACUAGAAGGUGCAUGCUAUGACUGUUGUGUUCCAGAUCUAAGUUAUGCUUGUGAAUCCUCUCCUCAGUCAGAGUCAAACCAAUCCAGAAAGGCUUUCAAAGUAGUAAACAAGAAGAAAGACUAUAUUAUUCUGGAAGAGUCCCCCUGUGAGCCUUUUGGUUCUGAAAUAAACGUUCAAAAAGACGCCUCUCACCAGUCCAAGACUCGCCAAUCACCAGGGCCUGGUAAAAAAAGGGCAAGAAAAAGUGCCCCAAGAGGCAAGAGAGGUAAAUCUACCAGUCCUAAAAGAAGAUGUAAUCGGGAAGAGACUUCUCCACCAAAGACUCGUCAACAGAAGAAAGCUGGCAAAGCAGACAACCCUCCGAAAAAUCAGAAAGGCCCACGAGGUAGGCGCGGCAGACGCGGUUCUUCUGCAAAGGAUACUAAUACCCCUCCCGAGACAGCAGAGAUUGAAAUGGCUAAUGGAGAAAACACUUUGAAGUUGAAGUUAAAGUUAAAACGUACAGAUCAAAAAAAUAAGAACUCUAAAUCUGAGUGUGUUUCUGGGGUGAGCCUUCAGGGUGAUCCCUCUUCUCAGUCUGACCAUGACCGGACUCAAAAAGGUGUGAAGAAGAUGUCUUUCAGCCUGAAAGAAAUGAAGCGUAAUUCCCCUUCAAGCUCUGGUUCUAGGGGUGGUUCUGGAAGGAGAUCAAAAAAGGCAAAGUUGGUUUUGGAAGAUAGGUCUGAUGAACCAGUUCUUGAAGCCUUGCCUCAUGUCCCUCCUUCAUUUAUAGGGAAAACAUGGUCUCAAAUAAUGAUAAAAGAUGACGUAAAAGUUAACACCCUUGUGAGGGAAUUUAAGGAAGGCCGCUUCCACUGUUACUUUGAUGAUGACUCUGAGACCCUGAAUGUGAGAACAACAUACUCUAAUGGAGAACGGAAUUUUGUCUCAUCGGACCUAAAUGACACUGCAUUCAUUGAAAUUCUGUUAGAGUGUGAUUAUAAUGUUGAUGACUUUUCAGGGGCCUUAGAUGACCCUAUAGGAAAGAUGUCUUAUGAACAAACCUGGCGAGUGACUUCAAGAUACCAGACCGUGAAAGUCAGCAGUGGAGGUCAAACCAGUGUCAUGAGUUACGUCGUGACCAAAACAGUAAGUGAACAUGAGACAUACUCGCCAUCCCUGAAACGCUUACCUGUCAACAACAGGAGACCAAAAAAGAAAAUCCGAAUCGGAAGACUUGAAUUUCUUGAAUCAUAUGCUAACAUUUUGAAGCCUUUGAACCCCAAUGCCUUACUCCAUGGUUCUUCAAAUCUUAAGCUGAAUGAAGGGGAAUCCUUCAACGUCUCUGAAAUUAGCCAGCCAAAUGAUAAAAACAAGCAGGACAUUAAAAUCCAGUACAAAUACAAACUUGAUUCUUAUGAUCCACUGGAUAAACAAACUGUAAUUGAUCCUCCUCUGAAUACAAAAAUACCAGAGCCUGACAAGAAUGAUGACUGGAUUCAAAUUCAGUUCAGCGACCUGAUCUCCAGUGCAGGAGAGGACGAUGCUCAUGUACAAAGCUCUCCUGCUUCACCUUUCAUUACAGUGUCAGUAAGACACGAAUUAACAUCUGACCAGGGGGACAAUGGGUCUUCCGUACUUCUGGCAAAAUCAGAGAUCUUGAACUCUGGUGAAUUUCUGAAAGAGAAGAAUUUCCUGUUAACUCUCUUCAACGGUGAUGCUGCCAAAACCCCACAAAAAUCAGCGAGAAAGAAGUACUCAAAAAAUAAAAAGAAAGUUCAGAGAAGGAAGGCGACAACUACUAAUAAGCCAGACUUACUAAAAAAGGUGGACAAACAAGUUAUUCUUCAAGAAAUAAUCGGAUCAGAAAAACAGUCAGCUUGGAUUCCUUCCGCACUAAAUGACAUAGUUAAGAAAUAUAUUUCAGAAGUCUCUGGUUUUUUGCGUCACAAAUACCAGACCAGAAGGGCUUUUAUUGGCAUGCAUCUUAAGAAGAUAAAAUCUGUUGUCGGAAGGGUAAAGAAGGCGAAGAGACCAACCAAGAAGGUUUCAGACUCAGUUCCAUCAGCUGAUGCCGAAGAGCAGCUCGGUGCUGUCAACAGCUCUUCUCCUGAGCAACCCGUGCAGGAUUCUCCUAGCACUGAAGAAACAAAGAAGAAUGGUAACAAAAAACGCCCCAGAAGAAAGCAAAAAAGGCGACCCAAACCUGUCAGAAUAUAUGAGCUGAGAAGUUUAUAUUCUCAGGUACCAUAUUCUGAUAGAAGGAUGACUCGCCUUCUACAUAAGUUGUUGCUCAGUAAGGCAGGCCGCAAGUGUUUGUGCUGA